GGGGGUUUACCCAGUUGGUCCAUCCAGAUACGUUUUCGAAAUCGCUGCUGUGAAGCGUAUAAAUAGACAAUAUAACUUUACAUAUGCUUAUAUUACAGUUAGUCAAAGUAUUACGCGGGAACGCUUUUGUAGUAAUUGUUGCUAUUGUAGUGGUUUCGGUUGUAUAUACAAAUGCCUGAUGACAGCGGAAACACGUUCAGCAUGGUGACAUGCAAUGCGCCUGUGAAUAUCGCUGUCAUUAAAUACUGGGGGAAGAGGGAUGAAGAAUGUAUUCUACCCAUCAAUUCAUCGCUGAGUGUUACUUUGCAUCAAGACCAGCUCAAAACCACUACAACAGUGGCAUGCAGCAGGUCUUUCCAGGAGGACCGUAUCUGGCUCAACGGUAAAGAGGAGGACAUAAACCAGCCCAGAUUACAGUCCUGCCUUAGAGAGAUUCGCCGACUGGCCCGAAAGAGACGUAGUGAUGGGGAAGGUGGUGUCGACCUAGCUGGUCUGUCCCAUAAAGUCCACAUCUGUUCUGUCAACAACUUCCCCACAGCAGCUGGAUUGGCCUCCUCCGCCGCCGGCUAUGCCUGUCUGGUGUACACCCUAGCUCGGGUGAUGGGAGUGGAGGGAGAGUUGUCCGCCGUGGCCAGGCAAGGUUCAGGAAGUGCCUGUAGGAGUAUGUACGGGGGCUUUGUCCAGUGGAUUAUGGGCCAGCGAGAAGACGGCAAGGACAGUGUGGCCCAGCAGGUGGAGCCAGAAACUCACUGGCCUGAACUCAGGAUCCUCGUGCUGGUGGUCAGUGCUGAGCGGAAACCAGUUGGCAGCACCUCUGGCAUGCAAACUAGUGUUGAGACGAGCAGUCUCCUAAAGCACCGAUCAGACUCUGUGGUCCCAGCCAGGAUGAAGGAGAUGAUUGAUGCUGUACAUAGGAAGGACUUCGCUGCAUUUGCUGAGCUGACUAUGAAGGACAGCAACCAGUUCCAUGCUAUCUGUCUGGACACGUACCCCCCCAUCUUCUACCUAAACGAUGUGUCGCGCCACAUCAUCAACCUGGUGCACCACUAUAAUCAACACUACCGGGAAGCCAGGGUGGCUUACACAUUUGAUGCAGGUCCCAAUGCUGUGAUCUAUACUCUUCAGCAGCAUGUAGAUGAGUUUCUCCAGGUGGUAAAACACUUUUUCCCACCAGAGACCAAUGGAGGACAGUUUGUGAAGGGUCUUCCGGUUGCCUCUACAACACUAACUGAAGAGCUGAGGCAAGCCAUUGGGAUGGAACCAAUGGUGAAGGGAAUAAGCUACAUUAUCAGCACCAAGGCUGGCCCUGGACCUUGCAUAGUGGAGGAACCUAGCCAACAUCUCCUUGGAUCUGAUGGACUACCCAAGGAGAGUGCCUGAUAUAAGAAUGCCUCCCAGCUGGGCAGAGACAACUCUGUCGUCAAAGAAACACCAUAUACAGUGCCUAACACAAUUUAUUGGCACACUUGGUGAAGACCAACAAAACAGGCUAUGAUUUUUUUUUUUUUUAUUCUAUCUUUGAAUUAUACCUCUGGUGUUACUGGACAACAUGUUUUUCUCUUAUCUGACCAUAUGUUCAAUCAAAGUUCCAAUCAAAGUUCCAAAUACAAUUAGCAUUUACAAUAUGUGUAGAUGAGAGUAUAGAGGCUUUCUACUGGCCAGACCUGAAAAUGGCUUGUUGACAUGGAGGAGGCAUCCAGUUAUAGUUUUGGGGACUUGGUGACCCCAAGAUUCAACAAAUAAAGUGUUUUUUUACUUCAUCCUUCCUCUUCACUGUGCAUGCUUUUCCAGGUAGGUUGAUCAUAGCCCCAGCUAAUUCAAAUGUAUUAAUUAUUGCCUUAAUAGUGGAAAUGGGUAUUUUCAGGCUUGUAGCUAUUCAUUUUUCUACAGCCUAUACAUAAUUUAUGAGGUCAACAACAUUUUGUUGUAUGUUAUUUUGUGUGUUCUCUGACCUUGACCAUGUUUAUAGAUAAAUGUGGGAGUUUGGCUUGUAUGACCUCAUAGUUAUACCCCAGUGUUGCUGUAAUUCAGCUAAUGUUCAGAAGAUGGGAGCAUAUUCAGGAUAUCCCCUUUAGGGGUUACCAUUUCAUGUUUUGAGUGAUAGAAGUGUACCCCCUUUUCAAAGCCUUUAUUGCUCAUAUUUACCAAUGGUGCCAAUCAUUCUGGAGGGCACUGUAUGUAUGUACAUAUGUAGGUAGGUAUGAUACAUAUAUUUAAUAUAUGUUUAUUAUGUAUCCAAUUGAUUAAAAGGAUAGACAUUGUAGUGGAACAACCAUACAUGGUAGAAUACUUCUGGCUGAUGUUCCCAUUCCCAAUUUUUAUUAAAUGUUUUGUGAUGUAAAAGGGAAUUCCUUGUAACAAUGAUCAGUAAAAGGGAAUUCCUUGUAACAAUGAUCAGAAACGUAGUAGUUUAGUACGAUCUUUGAAAUGUAUCUGGUGUUUUUUGGUAGAUUAUGCACACAUUAUUAAAUUACA